AAAAUAUUCAGUGAUAUCGCAGGUCGGCUAACCACAGUUCCUGUCAGUGAACAGCCCCUGUUUCUGUCCAACCAGCCCUCGUAUGCGCAGGAAAACGAGCCUAGCACAGUAAAGAUGCCUCUUGCCAGAGACCUCCUCCACCCUUCUAUUGACCAUGAAAGAAGACAGCAUAAAAAGAAAAGACUGGUUCAGAGCCCUAACUCAUACUUUAUGGACGUGAAGUGCCCAGGCUGCUACAAGAUAACCACAGUGUUCAGCCAUGCACAGACAGUUGUACUCUGUGUGGGAUGCUCAACUGUGUUGUGCCAGUCAAAAGGAGGAAAGGCCAGACUGACAGAAGGUUGCUCUUUCAGGAGGAAGCAGCAUUAAAAAGGGAUAGCACACUGAAUCAUGUCUGUAAUUAAGCCAUGCUGUUGAUAAAUCCCUUAUUUUCCCCAAUAAAUUUCAAGAGUUGUGCAUUCACUAAUGGCAGGUUCUGUCACUGUACAGAUGAUCAGCUUUUAUGAUAAAUUUAUAAAGUAGCAAAAAUUUUAAUAUCCAAGAUGAUGAAACUAAAAUCUCACUGAGUCAAUAAAGAGGUCUGUUAUAAA